AUGGCGAUGCCUUGCACCACGACUGAUAUUUUCCAGUUACUCUCCUCGGCCCCAGAGGUUUUCUUAAAACCAACAACUUUCUUACAUACAGAAUGGAUAGAAGUGGCAAAGCGCUAUCUCGACCCGCUUGCAUCAGACAUCACUGAAGCUCAGAAAAGACGCCUUCAGCACACGCAUACCCGAAAAGGUGUUGUCAGAUCUCACCCAUUUCGUUCCCAAACACUACACCUGCAGGAAAUUCAUGCCAAUGGUUUUACAGUGUGCCAGAUCUGGGAACAGGCAAACAGAGUGCUUAAUGUCUCUGCGCAAGAGACCGCUCACGAGCUUGAUUUACGAAAAAAAUCAGAGGCCAACACCCUCCGUUCCAAAUCCAACUCUCAUAAAAAGGCCCAUGAGACCCAAAAUGGGGAGCAUGAUCUCGGGCUUACAUCCGAAACGGAUGAACUCUCCAACGGCUCU